GCUUGUACUAACGGCAACGGGUGCAAUGUUAUCAAGGCAGUCCCAAAAAUGGCAGCUGUUUUAUGGCAUGAAGUAAGUGCUUUCUUGUCGAACAGUCUUUGCCGUCCAGGCGAACAGAAAAUUUUGCAACACUUUACACGUGUAGAGGCCACAGCGUACAAAGUAGGUGCUUACGUUAGUACAACCUUAGACUGGAGCACCACUUUUAGCAACAUGCAGAGUACAGGAAAGAUAUUUUCGAAGUUAGAUGUACCAUCCGCUCUGAGCGCAUUUAACGAGUACGAAGAUGUAGCUAAAUUCGGUGUUCUGGCUUGCAACGAACUGAAAUCAGGGAAAAUGUGCCCUGUUGGUUAUAUAUACCUGGAAUAUGUGCUGCUUAAAAACUUACAGGAGGCUCGGAGACAUCCCACGAUUUCAUCACGAAACUUACGACAAGAGGGAAGACUUAACCACGGUCACAUCAUGGAGCUUAAAAAGGAUGCUUUGCACCAACUGAAACUUUUAGCAAGCAUCGAGGAUGUAGACGAACAAAUCAGAACACACUCUGGUGAAUUUUCCAAGUAUUUUACGACACUACAAAAAUACGACCAGGGUAUUGCCACAAAAGAUGUAGAAUUCAUUAAAGCCAAACUAGUAGAAUUUCAGGAAAAUUAUGACGAUCUGUUGAAGAAGUUUCAGGAAGACUUCGACCUCGUGAAGGAUGUUGCAAUUGGGGCUAAUAUUGCUCAACAGAUGGAAAACUUGUUUGCUGAAGGCCUCAGCGCUCUAGGAAAGGGUUUGGCCGAUAAUAUUAUAACAGGCGUCGAGAUUGUAAGUCUCAGCACCGAGGUUAACAACCUCAAGGCGGACACGUUGAAACUAAAGGAGUCUUUUGAGGAUAAUGCAGGCCAGAUAGUUAACCUGGAAGAGAUUGUCGAGGACAUUAAGUCCGGUAAUGGUGGAGACUCUGGGUUAGAGGGAUUAAAGUUCAUAGAAGCCUACGGUGGGUACACGCCGAAAGUUGAUGAAGAUCUACUGGAAAAAAAUAAUGAACUAUGGGCUGCUUAUAAAGGAAAAGCUUGUGAUCUCUUGGCUGGUCCAGAGGGCAUUGCUGCCUCUCUGGCGCAAACUGCUGUUGGUUUAACUUGCGAGAAGCUUGAUGGGACACUAGCUGAGUUCUUUGCAACUAGAGAAAGCAUUUUCAAUUUUCAGUUCGAUCAAGUUGAUGCGCUCGCCAAAAUUAUUCGCUCGCACAUUGGCACUGAGCUCGCGAAGACCAUUGAUAUCGAUACUAAUUAUGGACGCUAUAGCGAACUGAUGUUAAUCUUCUUCAAGACACAGUCAAGACUCCAGUCUGAGGCCUCCUUAUAUUGCGACAAGCUGGAAUACUUGAACCACGGCAAAACAAUUGUUGCCUGCUCCUCAAAAGAACUCUUUACUGAAAGUGAGAUAGACAGCUUAAUUGCAUACGAGCCUAACACAUUCUACGACAUUGAAGAGCGUUUUGUUUAUCUACCCACAAAACCGCAAUUUCCAGGAGACGAGGGUUACAUCAAUCUAGCUUCCCUCGCAUCAAACCGCAAAGUAACCUUCCGCCUGCCCGCCAAUGAAACAUGGCUGAACCACUUCAAUUGGUUAACAAGUGGGGAAAUCAUAGCACCCUUUGUGGAGAGUUUCAAGAUAUAUUUACCCCUCGAGGACUAUGCAGUAUUAACAACCAGAACGAAGCACUACAAAACACGCAUCCAGCUCACUGCGAAGGAGGGAAGCUUCGUAGAUGAAACCUCUAAACUGAAGUACGUGCUGCCUCUUGAAAAUAGCGAAUACGUCACUGUAUACGAAGAAGGAUACGACCCAGCAAAAUGCCCUACAGGAAAAGAAAUUGCAAAUCCCUACAGUCUCUGUGAUAACUUGCCUUUCAUUUGUGACACCACUUCCAGGGUAUCGAAAUCACGUGUCAUGCCCACUAUCUUGUCACGCUGGGACUUGAGUUUGUCUGUAGAAAGCGGUGCAAAAAGACUUAAUUGGCAUGAGCUCCACCCUGCCACUAAUCUUCUCGUAAUUGCAAAAGUAAAUCUACGUUUCCCACCUGGAAUCAGAAAGCGCUCCCGUGUUUAUCGAAGGGACGAAUCAGCGUUUGGAUGUUGCAGCAAUGCAAAUGAGUAUCGACCAGAAUGGAGAAGCAGCACAUGUACUGGAUGUCCGGCAGACUCGGAAAGCAAAAUGGGUGGAUAUUACUGUGAACGCACGCAGAAUACGAAAUAG